AGGUUGCUGGUUAUAACAAGUUUGGGGGGUGGGGGUGGGGUUGUUCUGGUUUUUGUUUGGAUUAGGGUCUAACUUUAUUGACCAAAUAGAUCUUAAACUCUCGGGUCCAUAUGACCUUCCCACCUCAGCCACCCGUAUAUUGAAGACAGUAGGGACAUGCCAUCACGCUUGGCUUAUCUCUCUAUAUAUUUUUUAUUGCUGCCAAAUGAAUGAAAAAAAAAUGAGCUUACAACACAAGUUAUCUUACAGUUCUUUCAUCUAACUGGGGUCUGACUAGGGUCCACAUACUGAGCUAAAAUCGAGAAGCAGGCUGGUUUCUUCCUGCAGGCCCUGAAGGUUCCAUGGCCUUACUCAUUCAAGUGUUGGCAGAAUGACGCCUUUGUGACUGGAGACCCCAGAUCUGAUUUCCUUGAGAAGUGUCUGUUCCUGAGCACUCUUAGCUUCUAGAGGCUAUGAGUACGCUGUGGCCAAUAGAGCUCUCCCUGCUCUGAAAGUUAGCAAUAUUAACAUGGGUUUGUGUGGUUCUUGUUAUCUCCUGCCUCUGCCUCUGUUUGCUGGUGUUAUCUCCUGCCUCUGCCUCUGUUUGCUGUGUCUGACAACACGACCCAGGGAGGUUCUGCUCCCUUCCUCCCUUCUGGGCACCCUGUGAUUACACUGGGAGAACGGAGUCGUCCACAACAAUAUUUGGUGGCCCAGCACAAUGAGAGCUCAGAGGGGACUCAUCUUACUCCUGCUGCUUCUGGCUGUCUUCUGUUCCACAGCUGUUAGCCUCAAAUGCUACAACUGUUUAGACCCGGUUUCUUCAUGCAAAAUAAACACUACUUGCUCUCCUAACCUGGAUUCCUGUCUCUAUGCUGUAGCCGGAAGGCAAGUGUAUCAACAGUGUUGGAAACUUUCGGAUUGUAAUUCCAACUAUAUUAUGAGCCGAUUAGACGUGGCAGGCAUACAAAGCAAAUGCUGUCAGUGGGACUUGUGUAACAAAAAUCUUGACGGAUUAGAAGAGCCAAACAACGCAGAAACUUCCUCAUUGAGGAAGACAGCAUUGCUGGGGACCUCAGUUCUGGUGGCCAUUUUGAAGUUUUGCUUCUAAGUCAUCCUGGAUGCCCCGCCCCCCUCUCUCUGUCUCUCUUUUCCUGCUACUGCAGCACUCUAAAGCCUUUAUUAUUUUCCAGCUGUAUUAAUUUAGGAAAGAAUAAAGUUCACUUGAACAUCUUGGAUAAGAGGGUGGAGUUUAAGCAGUGUGGAAGAGCACCAUGCACACCAGGAGAGCCCACUUGCAGUUACAGAGUGAAGUAGGAGGGUAGAACACCUAUAGGUUAUAUAAUCUUCCUUUGCCUGACUUUAAGAUUCAGGUUAAGUGAGUUCCUGGCAACCCUCAGGGAUAGCUCUCUGGUUCCUGCAAUGUAGCUGAGGAGUGAGAUCAGACCUUUAGGAGUGAGUGGGCCAGGAGGAUUCUCUUUACCACUCUGACACGCUCAAAAUGCUUUCAUAAUCUUCACAGGCCCUGAGCUGGUGUGUGAAUGUUCCAGUUGUGAGCUGUCAGUUAGAGGCAGUGACUGUUCACUUGCUUAAAAAAACAAAAGCAAACCCAACCAACCAACCAACCAGUGCUGGCCAUGAAGCCCAGAUCUUGGCUUGUAGGCGAGUGCUUUACCCUUAAGCCCCAGCCCCAGCUCAAGCAGUGAAUGAACCGCUGUGCUUUCAGCUUUAGAAAAUGUAGGGAAAUGAAACAAGCUCUGAACCCCAUGUGAUGGUACUUGUUUCCUUUGCUUAGUAUCUCAGUACUCAGGAGGCAGAGGCAGGAGGAUGGCCAUAAAUUGAAGGCCAGCCUGACCUACAUAGUGGUUUCCAGGCCACCUAAAACUAUAUAGUAAAAGCUUGCCUCAAAUUAAAAAAAAGAAAAACACAGGUGGGUGUUGGUGCAGCUUUAAUCCCAGCACUCGGGAAGCAGAAGCAGGCCUAUACUGUGAGGUGGAAGCCAGCCAGUUCUAGGACAGCCAAGGACACACAGAGAAACCCUGCCUCUAAAUAAAUAAACGGAAAAGAAAAACCUCAGAACAAAAGCAAAACAAAAAAGAAAGGAAACACACAAAAGUCUGUCCGUUCUUAUAGAAGUACUGGCGGCCACAACUUGGAUGUCCCACAUCUCUGAAUAUUGCCUGGGCUCUGCUAGCUUUUACUAGAAAAAUAAUUACCAAAAAUAAUUAAUUAAAGUUAUUUGAUCUGGAAAAA